GCGAGAGUACGCGGACAACAGCGCAGCCGCGCACUUCAUCGCGAGACCACCAUCCUGUCCUUUGCCUGCUGACUCCAGCUGCUAGCACCUCCCGCCGCUGACGGAUCUGUUGUAGUCUGGCUGAGAGCCACCACUCAUCAUGGGGAAUAUCUUUGGGAACCUAAUGAAGAGCCUGAUAGGCAAGAAAGAGAUGAGGAUCCUCAUGGUAGGGCUGGACGCAGCUGGUAAAACCACCAUCCUCUACAAGCUGAAGUUGGGGGAGAUCGUCACCACCAUCCCCACAAUCGGUUUCAACGUAGAGACAGUGGAGUACAAGAACAUCAGCUUCACUGUGUGGGACGUGGGUGGUCAGGACAAGAUCCGUCCCCUGUGGAGGCACUACUUUCAGAACACCCAGGGGUUGAUCUUUGUGGUUGACAGCAACGACCGUGAGCGAGUGAAUGAAGCUCGGGAGGAACUGAUGCGGAUGCUGGCUGAGGACGAGCUGCGUGACGCCGUUCUUCUCGUCUUUGCUAACAAACAGGACCUCCCCAAUGCCAUGAACGCAGCUGAGAUCACAGACAAGCUGGGCCUGCACUCCCUGCGCCACCGUUACUGGUACAUUCAGGCCACCUGUGCCACCAGCGGUGACGGUCUGUACGAGGGCCUGGACUGGCUGGCCAAUCAGCUGAAGAACAAAAAGUGAGGGCGUUCGGUCAGUAGAGCGGGGAAGAGCCUGGGUGCCAACUCCAGGUAGUGGUUAUAGUGGAUCCAUUGUGUUUACAUGGAGAGACAGUGCUGGAAAGCUCACGGGGGUGAGUCUCAAUGGCUUUCCCCCCCCCCCACAAAUAUUCCUAUUUUUUUCCUCUUUCCUUCCAUUAUAUUAUUUGUUUAAUUAUUAAGAAACCACUGUUGACCGAAACAGCUUAAAUUCAAUCAGCUGAAGACGUAAAUGUUGGGAUGUAAUAGUAAACUGUCUGUGAAGGCAUAUUGUAUUUACCCUACAAUAUCUGCUGUUGACCUCAUUUGAAUUUGAAUUGCUCAGAAAAAUGUAAAAAUGUGAUGAAUCUUGACUUACCCCUCUGAAUCCCUCUGAACUUAGGAUUGUCAUAAUAGUAUUAUUUAUUAUUAUUAUUACAACAACAGAACACUGUCUUAAAACAUUAAUAUCAUAAGGCUUUAAAUACAAGUAUUAAAUUCUGUCCAUUCAGAUGUUUUACCAACAUCAAAUCAUGCACUUCAAAGCUUUGUUUAUAUUUUUAAUGACAUUUUCACAAAAUAAAUCUGCUGACACUGCAUAGUCUUAGAAAACGUGUUUAUUUUGUAUUAUUUGUUAACAUUUAUUUAUUUAUUUAUUUGUUCACACUUUUGCAGUGUCAUUUUGCCUCUCCCUUUAUUGCAACGUGCAUAUACUGCUAAGGCAGCUGGUGAAAAAUAAAGCCUCCUUUAUCAAUGUAUCAUACCAUUUCCCACUUUGCAUGGAGAAAUCCCCCCCACACCACAGGACUGGCUCGUGGGUUUGUGGCUUGCAGGCAGCUGCUGUAAAUAAAUAUUUGUUCUAAGUAGACUCGCUGGGCUCGGUAAGAGUUAAAAACAGUGAGUCUGCCAUCAGCUGUGUGUGAUAUCUGGACUGAUACAAUUGACAGAAGAGGCGCACUGUGCCAGCUCUGUGGCUUAGGGGAGAAAAAUGCUGCUAUUGGCCUGUGGGUGAUUGGUGGACUAACGGAGCAGAGCAUGUGAUCAACAAUAUCUGAGAGCUUACUUGGUUUUUGAAUGUUAAUGUCAGUGUUUUUUUUGCAAGCAGCUACACAAUAACUGUGGAAAGAAGUUCCAUUCAUCCCUGACAUAAUCUGUGUUUCUCGAUCUGUGUUCCCCCGUAUUUAUGGAUGCGUGUUUAUUUAUUUAUUUUGAAACAAAAGCCGGGUGUUUUUCUUUUUCUUCUUAAUUUAGAUCAGGCAGUUGUCUCUUUGAGUGUUCAUAAAUCACACAAUUUAAAGAUUAUAGGAGAGAGGAUGAUAUACUGCACCAUAAGGCAUGUUAAUACCUGUUAAUACAAGAUCUGUAAUAAAAGUGAAUAAUAAUGGCCUGUUUCCUCAGACUAUCUUUGUUAGUCUAAAUUAACUGCUGCUGGUUGGAACAAUUCUGUACUAAUAAAUGUGAUUUGUUUUUC